AUGUGGCUAAAAGACCUGUGUGUAGCAGCUGCUCUGCUCCUGCUCUGCGUUCAGCCUCUUCAUGCUUCAGCUCUUCCUGCCGUGUCCUCCUAUGAAUUCACUGCAUACAGAAUGCAACAGUACAACUUGGCACAACACAUGCAUGGUGAGUUCACCUCAUCGUAUACAUCUACUCACACCUGAGGUACAGAUUUAAGGUACUUACAUAAGUGCUACCUUAUACUCUCACCAAAAUGCGAUCAGUUGCUUUGUUUCUUUUGACUUCUAUCCAGGUGUCUCUCAGCUACUGUGAAUUACAAACCUUUUAAAUUAAGACUUAUAUUCGAGUAAAACAAUAAUAAUAAGCAUAUAAGAUACAAUGCAUUGUUCAGUAUUAAACCAUAUUUCCCAACUUUUUUUGCUUGUGACCUCUAAAGAAAACUGUCCAUUCAGGGCUCCAUGUCAUCAUUUCUAUGUCAAUGAGCUUUUAAUAAGAUUUUGCCCUUUCUAAACAGCUGUCACGGUUCAGAUUAUUGAUAUAAGCCUCAGUUGAUAAAACAUUCCUCCAAAAGGGACAACAUGGAUGAGUCUGACAAAUUCCUUUUCCCUUAAAGGAUUGAUUAUGUUUGACUUCUCAGAAUAAACCCAGUUAAAGUGUAUUCACACUUAAUAUUUCUGAAACUCUAAGUAGGCUUACAUUUCGAUCCUAACAUCUUUGUACAUCAUCCAAAGAGGAUCCUGUGUACUGGACUUUUCUUUCUUUAGCAGUUGAGUUUCAAUUGAUAUUAAUUGAAUUAUGGAUUGAUUUAUUGAUUGAAUUGAUGAUUACAAAGCAGACAAAGCAGUGUGGUGUCAGUCAAAAGUCAAAUUAGCCCCCCUAUCGGUUGUUCAUUCUCUUUAUGCUUUGUUGAGGGUUUUGAAGUCUUUGUUUUGUAUGUUUUCCUGUGUUGUUCUGCUGUACAGUAGCUCAUAUUCAAAAAUGUUUUCAUUUCUUUACAUUUUUCAUCUCAAUACUGAGCUAUUUUCACACAAUGCCAGAAGACGUGUGAUCAACAUCAUUUUCUCCACAUAUUCUCCAGCAGGGCUGUAGGACAAAUAAAUCUUUUAAGCUUUUGUAUGAUAAGAUAUCUGACAAUAUUCCCUCUAAUGGAUACAGGACUUCUUAGAGUAUUUCAUUCAUUUAAGCUCCUCAGAAGAACUCUUAUUUUCAACUUUGGCCCACUGUAUUAUUAAACUUUGGUUGAUUUUUUCAUCCAUACAUUUAUAUAGGCUGUGUUUUCUGAUACAAAAGCUCAUCCUGCUUUCUUUUGACUGUGAGAUGUACCACUUUCUGUAAAUAUCUACAGUGGAUAAAAAAGAUAAACGCCUCUCUACAUCAUGCUGUAGAUCAUUUUGUCUCUGCUCUCACAGUAGUGACAGGCAUUAAAAAUCACAAUAUGGAAACUGUCAAUCUCGUCUUUGAUGCUCCCAUUUUCUUCUUCAGAUAAUAUAGAGGCAUCACUGUUGUUUUAAGUGUGUUUUAUAACCAGUCAAAAACUUUAAACAGUCCAAAUUAUAUGAUUCAAGGAGUGAAACUUUAAAGCCUUUUCGUCUGUCUUGAUUAACUCACAAAAACAUAUCUACCACAUGUGAUAAUAUCAUCAUCAACAUUGUCAUGUUAUAUUAUCCUUCAAUGAUUAUAGACAAUUAAUCAGCCAAAAGAUGCUGCAUUGAAGGAAUUAUACUUUAGAAAUUAACUUUGGCAACUGCAUGACAAAUUCCUACAGUUUUUAGGUAAAAGUAUGAAAACCACAUUAAUAUUUUCCCCUUACCACAUUUCCUUUGCUGAGGAUGCCGUGGAGCUAUCGUGGUGGCAGAGGCCCGCUCGGCAGACGAGCCGGUGCUGACCCGCCGCUGUGUCAUCAUGAAGGUGACAGACUUCACUGCAGAAAAAUUUAUAGAGGCUCAGAGGCAAAAUGCUGCUGCUGUUCUGGUCCUGCUGCCCAAAAACAUCUCCAGUGUCCCUCAUGACACUCUACAGGUAAUAAGUUAUUCAGAAAUACCUGUGUGCUUUAGGACACACUGGAGGUUAACACUGACUCAACUAAAAUAUAAAGUCUGACCCCUCAGUCACUGCACAGUAUCUUCUAUCUUUAUAUAUUUGUGCUUUCAAAAGUACUUCCUAGUCUCCUUUGGUGAUUCCUACCUCAUAAGAUAGUUUUAUCUCUCCACUGAGAAUAAGACGAUAACUGUGUGUAUUUAUAGACAGAUUUAAUUCAAGUCUUAUCUUUUCCUUUUUAAGUCCUUCAUGGUGAGUGAGAGUGCAGUCCUACUGAAGGAGACCCUCAUGCCUGUGUAUGUGGCACCUGAGGAUGAACAACUGCUUUACAUGUAUGAGGAGGUCAAGCAGGCUGCAGCCUCACGGACUUCAUCGAUGUUCAUCAGAGGUGAGAGGAGCAAAGGGAUUUUUACAGUUUCAAUACAAGGUUCGAAAUGUGUGUGUGUGUGGUGUAUCUUGAAGAGUGUGAACCACAGAAAAUGAUUUAACAUGUCUGUGUAUUGUGUUUCCUUUUCAAUCUGUCAGUCCUUCGCAGUAUGGUCACAGCCACAGCCUUUCAGAUCUUAGUGAGCAACAACGUCCCCAUAAAGGCUUUCACUGACAACAACAUCAUCACACUGGAGGUGAAAAUGACAACUUUCUGAAAAUAUAAAAGCUCAAUCUGAUUUCAUGAUGAUGAUUUCUCUGCUCUGUGUAACUGCUGAUCUUCAUUUUAGGGAGUUCUUCUAGGAGCAGGCGAAGAUCCACCCACUAUCGUCAUCACUGCCCACUAUGACUCCUUUGGGCUGGCACCGGUGAGUGAGUCAGAAACACAUCAUUAUGAUGUGUCUGAAACAGUUUGUAACCCUGUUGUGUUGCGUAUUCAGUCCCCGUAUGUUGUUUCAAAUUACAGCACUUGCAGUGUAAUGAUACUCCUGCUGAAAAACAAUGUGUGUUUGUGUGUACAUGACAGUGGCUGUCAUACGGAGCUGACUCUAAUGGCAGUGGGGUCACGAUACUGCUUGAGUUGAUGCGCCUCUUCCAGAAGCUUUAUAGCAGUCCCAGCACCAGACCACCGUGAGUCUAAAACCCUGAUAAGAAAACAUCAACAUGUAUAUAUCUUCUUGAACAUAUCCUGAUCAUAAAAUACUCAAAGGGAUAUUCCAGCAUAAAAAUAACUUACGGUCAAACGCACCGCAACACCAAGUUAGACUCCCCCCCUCGAGAGAUGAAUGUUGCCAACUGCUUGCUUCUCUAGUUAUACCAACUUUAGUAACAACAAUACACAUCAGUCUGAGGAGCCAGCACAAACCUCAACCAAAACGCCACUCUAUAGCCACAAGUAAUGCUCAGAACAGCACCUAACCAUAACAGUAAGUAUAGGGUCCCAGCCAUAGUACUAGCCACCAAGCAUCUUUUUAACAUUGCCUUAUUUCUUUAGCAAAGAGACAAAACACAACUCAUCUACUGUCAUCCAGCAGCUACUGGUUUGUAGCGAGACCUUGGGCCAGUCCAUUACGGACUGACCCGAGAUCGGUGACGCAGCUCAAGGAAGAACAUUUAUGAUCAUUACUUUAUCAUUUCCUUGAGGUAAUAAUCAUCAUUUUAAUCAUUUUGCACUGCAGACACAGUAGUUCUUCUGUCUUAGCGUCUCGGUCUGAUUGCAUUUCCAUGAAGAAAUGAUCGUAAAUGUUCUUCCUUGAGCUUCGUCACCCUGCUGUAGUCGAUAAUGGACUGGCCCGAGGUCUCGCUACAAACAAGCAGCUGCUGGAAGAGAGUAGGUGAGUUGUGUUUAGUCUCUUUGCUUAAGAAAUCAGGCAAAGUUAAAAAGAUUGGUGGCUAGUACUAUGGCUGGGACCCUAUAUGUACUGUUGAUGAAGUUAGCUGCUGUUCUGAGCAUUAUUUGUGGCUAUGGAGUGACUUUUUGGUUGAGGUUUGUUUGUGGCUCCUCAGACCACUGUGUAUUGCUGUCCUGCGGCCAUUACUAUAGUUGGUAUAACUAGAGAAGCAAGCAGUCGGUAACAUUCAUCGCUUGAGGGGGAGUGUAACUCGGUGUUGUGGUGUGUUUGACUCUUAAAUAAUUUAACGCUGGAAUAUCCCUUUAAGUCAAGUUUUUUUUUUAAAAGCACCACAGUGUUUGAUCAGCUUUCUAUGAAGAAUCUAAAUACAGUUACUUCUGCUCUUUUUAGAUAUCAUUUAAUGUUCUCUUUAACUGGAGGAGGAAAAUACAAUUUCCUUGGCACAAAGAGAUGGAUUGAAGAGAAUCUGGACCAUGCUGGUAUGAUCAAGUAUUCAGGCUUCUUUUCAGUGUCUGGAAAUAAGUGCUCACACAUCCAAACACGAACAUAUCCAGUUUGAUUUUCUUCAUUCAAACAUAUUUCUCUCUGCAGAGUCCAGCCUACUCCAUGACAAUGUGGCCUUAGUUCUGUGUCUUGACACACUGGCCAACAGUGAUGAACUAUACAUGCAUGUGUCCCGCCCUCCCAAGCCUGACACUCCAAUGUAUGCUUUCAUUCAACAGCUGGAGGAGGUAACAAGCCUUACUGCCUGGUCUUAAACAUUGAGCAGGACCAUCUCUGUUUCCAAAGCUUUCAAUCUAUGUGAUCCCUUUUGCAGGUGGUGUCGUCCCGAUUCCAGUGGGUGAAGAUGGCAAUGAUCCACAAGAAGAUCAAUCUGGUAGAGUCAACAGUGGCCUGGGAGCAUGAGCGUUACAGUCUGCGCAGGAUACCGAGCUUCACUCUGUCACACCUGGAAGACCCCAAAUCUGCACUCAGAGGGUCCAUGCUGGACACCAUGUAGGCGCUGUAUUCUGUUAAACUGCUUAAACACCUUAUGCCCUGUGGGUUUACAUGAGAAAAUGAGACAUACUUUAACUAUCUUUGCUUUCUCCACAGGUCACAAGUGGACUUCAGGAAACUGAAACGUAAUGGCAUUAUCAUUGCAGAAGCACUGGCACGUUAUAUGUACAACCUCUCUGACAAGGUGAUCUCAUGCACCAGCACACAAUGAGCAAAUCCAUUAUUCUGUCAGCAGUACAAUGUGUGACUAAUCUUUUUAAUCAUCUUCCUCCAGGGUUCGCCAAAAGAUAUGCAGCUUUUCAAGGGCCAGAUGGUAAGUUCUUGCUCAUUUAGGUCAUUAUGCAAAGACAAAUCCUGACCUCUGGUGGUGGUUACUUGGUACUGCAGAAUGUUUUCAAAGGCCCCAGUCUGGAUUUGGUCUCAUUGCAUUAAUUCAAUUUAGUACAGGAUUAAGUUCAGUUGAAUAAAGCCCAUCAAUUUGAAUAAAUCUGGAUUAUAAAGUGUUCUGUAUGAUGACCCUGAUUAUAUAAUUAUUGUUAUAUCAAGAAUAUUUUUAUAUUUUAUUUUUUUCCCCAUUUUUAUUUUCUUUUUUAAUUUCCAAAAAAUUAAACAUUUUUUGUAUAUUUUUAAAUUUUGUUGUCAUUUCGCAAAUAUUUUUAUAUUUUUGUGUUUCCCAAAAUACGACACUAGAUAUACAAUUAUUGUUAUAUCAAGAAUAUUUUUAUAUUUUAUAAAAUGUUUCCUUUUUAUUAGAAUAGAAUAGAAUAUUCCUUUAUUGAUCCCCCAUGGGGGAAAUUUUUUUGUCACAGCAGCAUCACAGACAAGACAAAAAGUGCAAAAAUGCAGUUAUAACAAUUAGGGUCCUAAUAUUAAGAACUUAAAUAAAUGUAAUAAUUAAGAAAAAAUUAGAAAAGGGAGAAGAAAAAAUAAAGCUUUCUACAAUAUACACAAUUUAAAUGCCAUAAAAAAAAGUGGUGGUGUAAAUCCAGUUUUGUUACUGUUCAUUAUUAUUAUUUUAUGUUUUAAUAUCAAAAGAAGUUAACAAACAUUUUUUACGUUUUUUAAUUUUGUUGUCAUUUCUCAAAUAUUUUUAUAUUUUUGUGUUUCCCAAAAUAUGACCCUGAAUAUAUAAUUAUUGUUUUUCCAAGAAUAAUUUUAUAUCUUAGGAAAUGUUUACCAUUUUUAUUAUUUUUUUCAAUUUCCAAAGAAGUUGACAAACAUUUUUUUUAUGUUUUUGUCAUUUCUCAAACAUUUUUAUAUUUUUGUGUGUUUCCCAAAAUAUUUUGUGUUUUCUAAAAUAUAUUUUGGGUUCAUGUGAAACAUUUUUUGUGUUUUAGGGUUGUAUCAAAUUCAGGGCCAGCGCAGGGCUGAUAGUAUCAAGUUAAAUAAAUUAGUCCUGUGGUUUUCAAAUGAGUCCUUUGUGGUUAAAAAAGUAUCCCUAUCAUCUUGGUACUUUUUCUAUAUAUUCCACUCACAUAAAUUCCCCCUCCAGGACUUCCAUGAUGGCCGUAUGUCCCACCUGAUGUCUGUGCUGACAUCUGUCCCUCGGGCGACCCAGCUGCUGGAUAAGGAGCCUGGUCACAUGGUGCUGGUUAACUCACUGGAGCAUGAGUUCAAACAUUAUCUGCAGCAAGUUUACAGACACACCUUCAGACAAGACAAAAGGUAACACAAAGUAACAGAAAUACUCUCUACUCUUACAGUUGAAGCUAGUUCUACAAAAAAAUCAUGACACUGAUAUACUAUUUCUUAAAACAGAGACCCUGAUAUUACCUUUUAUGAUCAAAUGAACCAGCCGAUAGUGAUGUACAGGUACAAACACUCAUUAGCAUUCGCUUCAUGCAUGGUUGUGUUGUGUAAAACACUUGGAAGCUGAUGCACUUUUUCUUUUAGAGUGAAGCCAGCAGCCUUUGAUCUCUUCCUUGGUGGCUGUAUCGCAGCCUACUUGGGGAUUAUUUAUUAUGCCAUUCAGGUUUGUUACCACCUCUUUUCACAUGCAAACAGAAAAUCAGAUUUAUACACCCUCUUCUACCUAUGUUUUUUUUUCCUCAUAUCUGUCUGAUCUCUUUUGCAGAACUUUGGGUUCUUCUACACUAAGCUCAAAGCAGCAGUGAAGUCCAAACAGCAGUAA